AUGCCUGGAAUAGGUACUUUAGUAGACCUGUUACUUUUCUACACUCUUGAAAGAGUCCUUUUCAAUAGAAUGGUGAUCUCAAUGGGCAAAAACUCACAACAGGUUAAGUCAGCAAUGACACUUUGGCUCAUGCUAGAAGAAAUUGGUUACCAUGAACUCAUUCGAAUCAUCCAUUCUUAUGACGAUGACACCAUCGAUGCUUUCUUCGAGGAGGCACUGCAAUGCUUACAGUUCAUUCAGCCCAAUGUUUCAUCACCAAGCGAUGAAUCAUAUGACACUCCUGUUUUCCUUGGUCUUUUCGACGAACCAAUGAAUUACAGGUUCUUUUAUUACAAUCGGGAGUUUAUGUACAAGCGUUACGUUCACAUCAUGGACACUGUUUGUGACAAAAUAUUUGGCGAAAAUGCUGCUAUUGAAGUUGAUGAAUCUGGUUUGAAGCCAGCGGCUAGACCCCUAGGAGAAGGUUCUACUACUUCACAGGUCAUUGGUGAAUCGGAUUCGAACCCAAGCCUGGAACUGAAUCAAUAUAUCGAGUCAACGAAGGUAUCGAAUUUGAAUCCCGGUGCCAAUGAGUUUCGACCGGGACAAACGCCGGAAGAUACGAGAACAAUGUUCAUAACAUUCUCUAAAGGCCACCCUUUAAGCGGGGAAGAAAUCUUUCACUUCUUUACCUCGAAUUGGGGGGAAGUGGUGCAAGAUGUUGUGAUUGAACACACUAGUCAUCCAGGACAAGAACCUCAGUUCGGACGUAUUGUUUUCACUACUUCAUUGGUGAUACCCAUGGUUUUGAAUGGGCAAUCCAAAGCCAAAUUCUUGGUCAACGGAAAGCAUUUGUGGGCUCGUAUUUACGUCCCUCGUUAUAGAGGAAGGAGAAAAUUAGCUAGUAAGAAAGUUUAA